AUGCUCCUUAAACCUCAAGAGAGUCUCUGCCUCGCAUAUUAUUGUUCAGGCCACGGUUACGGACACGCAACUCGUGUCUCUGCGUUUACGCGUUUACUCCUCAGCCACAACAGCACCAGUGUUGAGCAUGCGCCAACGGUGACGGUCUACAUUAUCUCCUCAGCUCCGCAGCACGUCUUCGCCGACAGCAUUGCGUGUGGUGCGAGGUACAGAUACGCCGAGAUCGAUCCGGUCAUUGUGCAGCCCCUUGCAUAUCGAGUAGACCGCAGGAAGAGUGUCGAAGUUCUCAAAAAUUUCUUGGACAAGAAGGAUGAACUUCUGCACAGAGAGAGGGAGUGGUUAAAGCAGGCUGGAGCUCAUGGGGUGCUCAGCGAUGCUGCAUUCCUUGGAUGCCUAGCGGCGCACGCAGCUGGUAUACCCUCGGCGCUCAUAACCAACUUCUCUUUCGACUCCGUCUAUUCUUACCUCUCUACACCCCUCCUCGACGCGUCCAACCCUGGAGCAUUGCACCACACCCAUGCCCAUGCCGACAGUCUGGGCCAUGAUACCUCAAGCCUCCUUGAUCUCGUCCCCGACAUGCCAAUCCCGUAUUCCGAGCUAGCACCACUCGUAGCCCAGAUUCACGAGGGUUACAGAUGCGCAGACCUUCUCGUCCGCUUGCCAGGGCACAUCCCUGUCCCAUCUUUCUUUGUACACCCCCCUCUACCAGCGUCUGAGUGGAUUGACGUAGACACGAGACGCGUGCGGCCAGAGAUACUCGAUACCCUCUUGCGGCAUCCCAAACAUCAAGAUCUCCAACCCAGUAUACCCAUGGCCUUAUCGAUACCCCUAGCACAAUCACGACCAGAGGACACCCCUAGGCCUCGACCUCGGACCGUCAUUCAAGCACCGCUCCUCGUCCGGCCACCCUCCUCGGGCCCGGGUAUGUCUGUGUACACACCCGAGGGCAGGUCGAGGCUGCUCACUUCGAUUGGAGUUCCUGCACACCUGCACGACCCAACAAAGACGAAGAUCCUGGUCGUGUCGUUCGGCGGCCAGGUGUUCAAGAGGCCGAACAGCAAGGCUGGCAGCCGGAGUCAUAGCCGGAACGCGUCAAGGGAGGACGUGACGGGGCUGGUGCAUGAUCACCAUAAACACCCUAUGAAGAUCAACGGUUUCACGUCGAUAUCACAGCCGGGUUCGAGCACGACGCCAGAGUUUGAUCUGACGAACGCGACAAGGUUGUUCCAGGAGCGUAUACCCAGGAGCACACAGCUGGACUUGCAUAUGCCUUCACAUCUGUCGAAUCUCAAUGGCACGUCGGACGGCCUUCAUUCCGGCCCGCCUCCUACUCCACGCCUCGCGACCCCAUGUCACCUCUGGAUACCCGGUGCCCCGCCAGCGUCCAAGCCCCUCGCUUCACCCACCAUACCCGGCGUGCGCACCGUCCCACCCACGCCUCUGGCACCCCAGAACGGCUUUAUCCUGCACGCACUCGAAACCCCCGAUCUAUUAGUCGAUUCAGGAGACCUCCCAACCUCAGAAGACCCCUUCGACUCCGACUCCGACUCCGACUAUCCGCGCCUCCUCCCUGAUUCCUCCUGGAUCGCCAUCGUCUGUGGAGUCUCGAAAGAGCAAUGGGCGCACCAUCACGAGGGAGAAGACGGGCACCUCCCGGAGGAGUUCUACGUCGCCCCGAGGGAUGUGUACAUGCCUGACCUGACCGCGGUGGGCGACGUGCUUCUUGGGAAGCUGGGAUAUGGAACGGUAUCGGAGUGCGUCGACGCAUGUACACCCUUCGUAUAUGUCUCGCGACCGCUCUUCAUUGAAGAACAUGGCCUGCGCCUGCUUCUCGAGCGAGAAGGCGUCGGCGUCGAGCUCUCGCGACAAGCAUACGAGGCAGGUGAUUGGGGCAUUGCUGUAUCGGAGGCACUAAUUAAGGGUGCGGCGAUGAAGGAACGCAAGCGGCGUGAGAUGGAGAUCGCCGCUGGGUGCACCAAAUGCUUGAAUGGCACGGUCAACGGCAUACAGGUGGAGAAGCGGGCAAGCCGAGACGAAGAGGCUAGGAAGCUUGCGCUGGAGGUGAUGAAUUGGGUGAAGGAUUGGUGGAACGAGGUUCCGGCGAGAUAG